UUGGUUUUUUAGGGCUUAGUUUGCAACUUCACUUAUUUCCAGCUCCGAAAUUUUAGAAGAGAGAGAAAAGAAAAAUGGGGGAGAUGGAAACCCAGAAAGGAUUUCAAAUUGAUUUGGGAAAUCUUUUAGCUUUUAACCCUAAUCAUCACUUCCGUUCUAUCCCAUCUUCAAGGGAUGAGUUGGUGAAGGAAUGCUUGGAGAAGGGAACUGAAUUGGCACAAGCACUUGCAGAUUCCCUUUUCAACUUGCCUGCAACAGAAGAUGUGGAUGGACCCAUUAUCAAAUUGCCACCACCUACUACUAGACUUCCUAGACAGCAGCAUCUACCAAAACCAAGGCCUCCAACAAAGUGGGAGCAGUUUGCGCAGAAGAAGGGCAUAAAGAAUCGCAAGAAAGACAAAAUUGCAUAUGAUGAAAAGAGUGGUACUUGGAAGCGCACUUAUGGAUAUGAUCGUGCAAAUGAUGAAAAUGAUGUGCCCAUCAUUGUGGCCAAGCCAACUGAUGAGCCUGGAACGGAUCCGUUUCAGAAGCAAAAAGUUGACAAGAAACAGCGAGUAGAGAAACAAGAGAAAAACCGUUUGAGGAAUCUGAAGGAAGCGUCAGACAGUGGUGCCCUGCCGAGCCAUGUUCAGCUAGCUGCUACAGCCUUGCCCAUUAGUGGAGCUCGUCCUGCUCCAAAAAAACUCAGCAAAACUGAACUGGAAGAAGUAGCUGGUGCAGCAGCAACGUCCACUGCUAGUAUCGGGAAGUUUGACAAGAAAUUACCCGGAGAAAAGCCAUUAAAUAACAAAGGCAAACAUCGGAAGUUUCUUCCUGUCGCUCAAGGAAAAGGAAUGGGUUCACAAGAGAGAGAACAAACUGAGAAAAUUCUGAACAAGCUAAUCUCCAAGCAUUCUCAUGAGGGAUUUAGUAUUGACAAGGCUGUUACUCGAAAGAUCAAUGUGCAGGACGAGAAGAAACAGAGCAAGGGCAAGAAAGACGGGGGAUCCUCAAAGUCGAGCAAGUUGAACCCGAAGAAAAAAUCUUUUAAGAAAUCGCCGUAUAAGGGAACUUCAAACAAAGGCUCAUCAAAAUCCAACAAAGGCUCAUCAAAAUCAAACAGAGGGUCAUCAAAAUCAUCAAAAUCAUUCAAGUCCUGAUUGAUUUUUUGCGAAAUCUUGACAACAGUUCAUCUGUAGGUUACUUUCUUGUGUUGCACAUCAUACAUCAGAUGUAGUAUGAAACAUGAAAAAUUUUGGCCUUUUAUGUAAUUCCAAGUUAAGUUUGUUAUUU